GCUGUAAGUGAGGGAUGGAGGGAAAGGAGAGGAAGCCUGAGCGCUAAGGGUUCCGUCUGCAGCUUGCUCCCUACUAUAUCCAUCCGAGGAGAAAAGUUUGUGAAUCGGGCCCCUAAGUUUUGGGGGACCCGGUCUUGCGGCGUGGAGGGACAGAGGACGCUCGUGGCAGGAUUCGGGUUCCUCAUUUUAUGGAGGAGGAAACAGGCUCAGCGAGGUGAAAGCAAAAAAAAGCUCAGAGAUCUCACAUUCUCUUCCCCCAUGGAGCCCACCCAGCCUUCAGAGGACCUCAUCCUGACCCAGCCGUCUCCCACCCCGGAACUUGGGGACCCCGAGGACCCCGGGGAUGAAGGCGCGGACGGCUCGGACACUGUGGUCCUCCGUCUGUACCCCUGCAUCCCAGAGCCAGGGAUUCCUGAAACCGACGGCAGCACCUCCUCGCUGCAGGGCAGCUGUCUGAAGCACUCCACCACCCUCACCAACCGGCAGCGUGGCAACGAGGUGUCGGCCCUGCCGGCCACCCUGGACUCCCUGUCCAUCCACCAGCUCGCGGCGCAGGGGGAGCUGAGCCAGCUGAAGGAACAUCUGCGGAAAGGUGACAACUUGGUCAACAAGCCUGACGAGCGUGGCUUCACCCCCCUCAUCUGGGCCUCGGCCUUUGGAGAGAUUGAGACUGUCCGCUUCCUGCUCGAGUGGGGUGCCGAUCCCCACAUCCUUGCUAAGGAGCGGGAGAGUGCCCUGUCACUGGCCAGCAUGGGCGGCUACACGGACAUCGUGGGGCUGUUGCUGGAGCGCGAUGUGGACAUCAAUAUCUAUGACUGGAACGGAGGGACUCCACUGCUGUAUGCUGUGCGCGGGAACCACGUGAAGUGCGUUGAGGCCUUGCUGGCCCGUGGCGCUGAUCUCACCACCGAGGCCGACUCUGGCUACACCCCGAUGGACCUCGCCGUGGCCCUGGGAUAUCGGAAAGUGCAACAGGUGAUCGAGAGUCACAUCCUCAAACUCUUCCAGAGCAACCUGGGGCCCGAUGACCCCGAGUGAAGGCCGCCCGCCAGGGACUCACAUGCUCAGGGAACAAAACGGUGGACCCCAAGCUGGGGGACUCAGAAGUGGCUUCAAAGGCAGCUCCUGGACAGGCGGCAGGAGGGAACCCUUCCAAGCGGAACCAAUAAACCUUCUGUGAAGAACUUUCAAGGACUUCGCCCGCUGCUUCCCCGAGGGCUUCCUGGAGGCGAGGCCUCCCUGUUCUCUCAUGCUGCCCUCUCCCCCAGCACCCGCAGGUGGUAGAUGACCACGCGGCCAAAAAAGUCCGUGGUGUCUUCAAAUGUCACCCUUAGCCUGUUCACCUCCGCAGCUGGCACGGGGAAGGUGUGAGCAUGGGCAGUCAAGGAAAAAGUGACCAGCCCUUCCUGCCUUUCAGAUGACCAGGCUCAGACACUGUCCAUGUGCUGGGUGACCAGCUGCAUGGAAGUUUUACUUAGGGUCCCUCACCAGGGUCCCCACUCAGGUCCAGGU